GGUCAGUCCGUGAACCCGGAAAAAGGAAGUAAAACUAAAACAAUGUUUCUGUUGUUCUGUAUUGUGCACCAAGAAACGGCGUGUUGACCUGUGAGAGGCUAACGUUAACAUUUAAUGUUGUAAAAGACAGUGUUACUGUAUGUAAAGACAGGAGGACAUAAUUUUGCAACUGAUCGCUGCAAACCGGUGCGUAGAAAUGCAAAACUUUUCUCUCUUGCCCAACUGCAAAUGCCUCUCUGUGGAUAAUGGGACCUAGAUACUCGUCAGUUUCCUGGAUUUCUGAAUUGCAGACACGUCCAAGAAAUAACAAUUAUAUUUGAAAAAUCAUCAUUUGGAACUGCGGAAUGCGGCAUGUAUACCUACCGAUGGAUAUUAACAUGGACAUUGUGAUCUGAACAGGAAAUACUGGAAUUGUGGAAGAUCUGAACUUUUGUUUUUAAUCGGCGGCAGUAAAAUCGGUAGUGGUGCUGAUUAUCGUUGGCUAAAUAUAUUAAUCUUGGUGCCCAGUUAAGUGUCAUUUCCAGCCUUUUGUUUGUGAAAUGACCUGAUUGGACUCUAAAUGGCAUCAAAUGAAAAAGAUGCGAUAGCAUGGUAUCAAGAAAAGAUAGGAGCCUAUGAUCAGCAAAUAUGGGAGAAAUCCUUAGAACAAACUGAGUUAAAGGGUCUGAGAAACAAACCAAAGAAGAGAGGACGCAUCAAAGCUGAUCUGAUUGAUGUUGAUCUCUUAAGAGGCUCUACGUUCAGCAAGGCCAAGCCAGAGAGUCCAUGGACAUCCCUGACACGGAAGGGCCUCGUGAGGGUCCUCUUCUUUCCCGUCUUCUUCCAGUGGUGGAUCCAGGUCACUUCCAAGUGCAUCUUCACAUGGCUCCUGCUGCUUUACUGCCUGCAAGUGUUAGCAGUGCUCCUUUAUUUGGAGACGUCAGCCGUGAACAUCAGUGAACUGGUGGGCCCAAUGUGUCUCAUGCUGCUGCUGGGCACAGUCCACUGCCAGAUCGUGUCCACAGAGUCCAGCCGCAGCCCUGCAGCUGGCCCGGCACGCAGGAGAAGGCCGAGGAAGGAGAGGAGCCCUGGUGACAAGACAGCACAGAGGGAUGGCAGCCUGAACGCCCAGGCAGACAGACCUCCUGAGCUGCAGCACUGCCUGCUGGGCCAGAAUGACAAGUAUUCCAAAGCACCAAAGAGGCAGGAUUUUUCAAAGAGCUCCGUGAUGGGGGUAUCCGAUGACUACUCCAGUGAGGAUGAUGCCGAGCUACUUCCUCUGCGCAGACGCAGGGUCGAAGAAGCGCCAGCUGACAGUGUCCUGAGAAGCAGGAGGGCACUCUCAAUGCAUAACAGCCCCCUGUCUCAGGAGGAGCGCCGGCCAGCCAGCAGGGGGGCGGGGGGCAGCCCUCGGCGCCCCUCGGACAGCCCGCGGCUGGGCUCCGACACGGACGACAUGCUGUGCGAGGAGCUGCUGCAGGGCCCCGACAGUGCCUCCUCCGGCAGCAGUGACAGCGGGGAGGGGGGCCCGUGGUAUAACGGCCUGCCCCCCGCCGUGUUCAGGACAACCGAGGAAGACCUCCUCCAGCAGCAGAGUCACCUGUCCUGGCUACAGUCAUGCCACCCCUCCACAGACAGAGUGAGCACCAUCGUCUGGGAGAAUGGAGAGUGCAAGAAGGUGGACAUGUCAGUGUUGGAGAUCAGCGCCGUCAUCAUGAGCCGGGUGAAGGAUGAGGAGCAGGGUUUGGGGUACCUGAUGCUGGGAGGAGGGGUGACGGUAGUGCUGGCGCUUCUGCCCCUCAUCUUCCAGAUGACCAGGCAGCUGGAUGUGGCGCUGCUGGCUUCUCUCUCAGCGGCGGAGCUCCUGCAUCUGGCCUGUGGGCCCCCCGACCCCCGGGGUUACACCCUGCUCCUCAUCACCCUGCUGGAGCGUGUGUGCCUCUCCUGGCUCUUCUUCUUCAUGAUGUGUGUGGCCGAGAGGACGUACAAGCAGAGGCUUCUCUUUGCCAAGCUCUUCAGUCACCUGACAUCUGCCCGCAAGGCCAAGAAGUCUGAGAUACCGCACUUCAGACUGAAGAACGUGCAGAAUGUGAAGAUAUGGCUGUCGCUUCGUUCCUUUCUCAAGAGACGUGGACCCCAACGCUCUGUGGAUGUAAUCGUUUCCUCUGUCUUCCUGGUCGCACUGUCAAUCGCCUUCGUCUGUUGUGCACAGUUUCUUCAAAGUCAUCACACGUUCCUUGACUCCAUGUAUAACUGGGAGCUGCUGAUCUGGGAAUCGUCUCUCGUCAUUUUCCUGCUGCGUCUGGCCACCCUGGGCUCUGAAACAAACAGGAAGUACAGCAACAUGUCAGUAUUGCUCACUGAGCAGAUCAACUUGUAUCUAAAGAUGGAAAAGAAACCCAGUAAGAAAGAAGAGCUGAACAUUGUGAACAAUGUGUUGAAACUGGCUACAAAACUGAUGAAAGAGCUGGACACUCCCUUCAGGCUGUAUGGACUGACGGUGAACCCACUCAUCUAUAACAUCACUCGGGUGGUCAUUCUGUCUGCGGUCUCAGGAGUUGUCAGCGACCUCUUGGGCAUCAAUAUUAGACUGUGGAAGAUUAAGCCUUGAUGUGAGACUACAGUUAGAGCUCGGAGCUGUCUGGAUAAUGGACUUGGGUCUGAACUUCCCCUGAGAGACGGAGCCAUAAAGGUGUUGGGCUAGGUGGUCAGAAAGCUCUUCCCACCUUCAGACAAACCCCUGAAAGCAGCAUGUCAGUUUGCACAAUGCUGGAAUAGACUUUUUUGUCACGCAUACAGAUAAUAAGCGUAAAUAAAAUAAGCAAAGAAACGAUUGAUAACUGAUUCAGCGUAUCUCUUAACCACUCAAGGCUCUAAAAGUUCAAAUUAACUUUUGGAAGUCGUAAUAGCCUGUAAAUUCACACACAACGCUGAAUCCUUAACAGAUGGUGGAGAGAAACAUAGACUAUUCAAACCACACAGACCUAAAAACACAACUGUAAAAGAUACUGCAACAGUAUAAUGUAAUUUAAUUUAAUUUCUUAAUAUCUGGUGUGUGUACUAACUAGCAGCAGCAUGAACUGUUACAUUACUAGGAGUAGAAUGGAAAGUACUUGAAAAAUACAUAGAGUAUAGCUGUAUAGCUUCUCAAACAGAGUACAGGGCAUGUUUUUGCAUUAUUUGCAGUUGGCUUUUGGUAACAUAAAUUUCGGUAAAAUAUUUUCUGACACUGGUUUGCUGACCCAUGCAUGACCUAUUCUUCUGUUGGCUCCACAAAAUACAUCAUGCAUGUCAGACUACUGAAUUAGGUAGUGAAAAGAUUUAAUCUGAAAUAUGUGGGCAGUUUAGGGACUGUGAGAGUCUAAAGUUGUGACAUUCCUCGCUGUACCCACAGUUAAAGUAACACUGAACUUUUAUUACCUUAAAUUUGCUUCUGUGUCAUCCCAUUGAGGUAAUUUUUUAUACAGUAUGUGUCCACUUAAUUUCUACAGUUUGAUUUGUGCCUGUCUUCCAUACCAUAUGUCUGCUUUUUUAUAUUAAAUUGCUGAGUAUGUUUUCUUCACAUUUAUUUAGAUAAAUACAGAUCUGUGGUCUUGGAUAACCUGAAUAUUUAAUAUAUUUAAUAUAUUUUGUCUAGUAUGUAUUGGGUAUCUAUAAACAUCCUGACAGGCAGGUGGUCAAAAUCCCAGGUCAACAGUAACUAAAUCUGCUGCUCACUCCAUUUAAUUUUGACAAAUACCCAGCAUUCAUAACCAAGGCCCUUCCUCCUUUUUCCUAGAAGGGAGUAAAAUCAUUUUUAAAUUUUGGAAUACCUAUUUAUUUUUAUAUUCAUUCCCACUUCGUUUUGAAUCGCCAGUUGAAAAUGGCUUAGCUUUAUGGUGGCAACUUCCUUACCACAAGGGGGAGAAGGAGAUGCAUUUGACCACAGAAUGAGAUACGCCACUGACACUCCCCACUGUACAGCUGUUUGUCAUUUAUACAUUACAAACUCCGCAGUGCCUUACCGGAGAGUUUAUGCCUUUUGAAGUAGCCUGCCUGUUGGUAAUGUCACUGGAGUUAGUUUGGUAGAAAGCUGAAAGAGCCCAUGCCAAUCAAUUUCAGCCUUCCAGGCAGCUCAGCCCCUGCUUCUGGGAGACCCCUCUUGACAGAAGGCUAGACCCAUGACCCAGUCUUGAGCUGGCAGUGCCAGGGCCAUAGGGUUCUGCCUCCAAUCUUAAUGGGCAACUUAAUAAUACAUGCCACUCUUUUGUUAAUUAAACAAAUGCAGAGCCACUGAUCCAGUAAUACCUUAAGUUUAUUAACACCAGAACAUUACAAGUGGGUAGAAAAUGCACAAUUACAGAUGUGCAGAGCAGUGCAAAAUUCAUCAUGUAUAAAUACUAAUGUAAGUAUUUGUAAACCAAUUAGCCAUUUGUUGUGUAAAUCUUUGUAAAUCUUUUUGUCUGAGGUCAAAGUGAUUCAAUUACAUCCCAUUCCUUGUAACAUCACACCAUCUGCUUUCCGUGAUUCAAGAGACACCAGAUUCAGAAUGUUCCCAGAAAACUCUACAUUUGAUACUUCACUCCAGAAUUGGAAACCUUUUUAAACCUCUGUUAUCCACUAGAUCAGUUGUGUGUAUUACAGGAUAUACUUAAUUUACUCAAGUGAGUUGCCUCUUUUCACCCCUGCUUGGAAAUUUCUCCCUGGGCUGAUCUUUUUUGUUUAAACUAGCAUUUGUUUUGGAACUUUGUCUCUUGGCUCACAUGCAGGAUAAGUACACAAGCCCCUCAUAGACAACACCAUUGGCACAUCAGUUUACAACAGAUAUUCACUCAUUAAUUUGGAUUAAAACAAACUAUCCCUAUUUAUUGAUUAUAUUUUUCCAAGUUUUGUUGAACACUGAAUUAUCUUAGUGAACUGUAUGAACAAUCACAGGUUUAAUACAUCCAAGUUCAGACUGGGAACACACAACAUUUACUGUACGCCUACCUUUGAGAUACUGUUACAUGAAAGGUUUUCAGUCCCUAAGCACUGAAUUGUAAAAGCAAUACUUUGAGAAAGAAACAAAAGGUUUAUUAAAAAUGUUUUUAUACA